AUGAAUGAUGAUAUAGAUUGUGAAGAAAAUGAUAAUGAGGAUGCUACCCAUAAGAUUAAUGAUGCAACAUUCAGGUUACUAAUGGGGAAAAAAGAUUUGGGUUCAGAAAAAAAUGAUAAAAUUACAGGCAAAGCUGAGGGAGGACACUUAAUUGCUCUGAUGGGUGCAAGUGGAGGUGGGAAAACAACAUUACUUGCAGCAAUAGGAAAUCGCCUAAAAGGUCAGAUCAGUGGGGAAGUUUAUCUAAAUGGUCAUUUGGUUACCAGAUCACUGAUGAUGAAAGUUUCUGGUUUUGUCCCACAAAAUAAUAUUGCUUUUAACACACUAACUGUGAACGAGCAUCUGUUAUUCAUGGCACGUAUGCGAAUGGACAGCAAAAUUAGUGCAAGUUCUCGAAAGACAUGGAUAAACAGUCUUGUCAGUGAGUUAGGCCUUUCCACUUGUGCUGAUACUGUACUCAGCAAGAUAUCUGGAGGAGAGCUCAAAAGACUGAUGCUGGCUAUUGAGUUGUUAACAGAUCCACCUAUACUUCUUUGUGAUGAACCUACCACUGGGCUUGACAGCUACAAUGCUCAACUAAUGAUACAGAAGCUGAAAUCUCUUGCAGCAAGAGGCAAGAUAGUUAUCUGUUCUGUCCAUCAGCCUUCUUCAGAAGUAUUCAGAUUCUUUGAUCACUUAAUACUCCUGGCAGAAGGGAGAGUUGCAUUUCAAGGAACUCUUUCUGAAGCAGCUGAAUUUUUUAAAAGAUUAGGGUACAUGUGCCCAGACUCUUUCAAUCCAGCAGAUUUCUACAUAAAACAGCUCUCUGUAAUUACUGAUUAUGAGGAAGAAUGCUUGAAAAACAUCAGAAAAAUUUGUACUGCAUUUUUACAAUCAGAUUAUUCUAAGGCCUUGGAAAAGAAACCUGACACUACCCCAGCAGAGCUUCCCAUGGAACUUAGUAAUUAUACAAAAAUAUCCCACUGUAAUUGGCUGUCUCAGUUUUACUGGUUGAUAUGGCGCUCAAUGAAAGAUUCCAGGAGAUCAUAUUUUGGACAUGCUCUCCAAAUUAUUAUGUUCUUGACUACCACAACAGUUGUAGCCACUUUCUACCAGGGUGUCAGUCCAGAAACUCAGGAGGGAAUGCAAGACUUCAGGGGGCUGCUGUAUCUUCUUUCUAGUGAAAUGUUCUUCUAUAGUGCAUACAGUGUGCUCUACACUUUCCCAUAUGAAAUUCCUAUAUUUCUAAGAGAAAGCAACUUAUACUCCUCAUCAGCAUACUACAUUUCCAAGGUCAUAGCAGCGAUGCCAAGGACUGUAAUUGAAACAGCAGUAUUUUUUGGAUUUAUUUUCAUACUCGCUGACUUCCCAGUAGGAGGACUGGUUGGAUAUUUCAUGCUAUUGGGUCCACUGUUGUUGAUAUCCAUUGGUGCACUAGCCUAUGGUUGUAUGAUGUCAGCUCUCUUUGAAUCAUAUGAUCUCAUAGCUACAUUGACUGUUGCAAUUGAUCUUCUCUCAAUGCUGAUGGCUGGAAUAUUUUAUAAUCUCAGGGCACUGCCAAAGAGAAUUGCUUGGUUGAAAUAUCUUUCACAGUUUUAUUACUGCAAUGAGCUGUUGGCAUCCCUAUUCUGGAAACAUGUGGACCACAUAAGUUGCCCAAGCAAUCCUGAUUUGCCUUGUCUGCAUAAUGGUGAAGAAGUACUGGAUCAAUAUGGAUUUAAUCCACAUAAUACUAUGACUGACAUUAUUAUCCUCUUUGCAUUCUUUGUACUUUUGAGUAUGAUUGGAUUUAUACAAAUAUGGAGGAGAAGUAGAAAGUAUUCCAUCUACUAA